AAGAAACUUAAAAUGGGAUAAGAUUGUUGCAGUUUAAGGAACCCUGAAAAUUCUUCAAUAGGAUAAAUGAAUGGAGUUUCAAAUCGAAAAAGCAUUUAAGAUGGGAAAAAAAGGCUAAGUCAUAUUAAAGAUGAAGAAAUAAUAGAAGUUAUAUAAGAAUAUAAGGAAAACAAAUAAAUUGAUAAUAAUGAUGAAUAAAAUGAUAAUUAGAAAAAGACACCUUUAUUUCAAGUAGUAAAUUCAGAAGUACAUAUACCAAUGAUUGAGUCAUAAGUGAUAGAAUAAGAGAAAGUUGUAGAAAAUAAUAAUCUUGUUCCUGAUAAAGACGAAAAUUAAUGUCAAAAAGAAGAAAAGGUUGUUGAAAAUAAAAAAGAAAGUGUAGAAAAGAGUAAUUUUGCAGAAAUAAAGGUUGAAUAAGAAAUGAUUGCAUCUAAAUAAAUUGAAACUUAAAAUAUAGAUGAGAUGUUGAUAUAAAAUAAGGAAAUAAAGGUUGAACAAGAAAUUACUACAUCUAAUUAAAUUGAAACCUAAAUUAUAGAUGAGAUGUUAAUAGAAAAUAAGGAAAUAAAGGUUGAACAAGAAAUUAUGACAUCUAAAUAAAUUGAAACCUAAAUUAUAGAUGAAAUGUUGAUAUAAAAUAAGGAAAUAAAGGUUGAACAAGAAAUCACUACUUCUAAAUAAAUUGAAACCUAAAUUAUUGAUAAGAUAUUGAUAGAAAAUAAAUUAAUACCUGAAUAAAUAUCAUUUUCAACUAGUUUUGAUACAGUGAAAUAAUAAUCCUAAUCGAAUAUAGAAUAAAGCUUAAAAAACAGAGCUACUCCUGGGAAAUUGAGUUCAAUAUUUUUGAGAGCUCUAGAAAGAAAAAUAUUAGGUAUAGAGGUAGAAUAAGAUUAAAAAUAAGAGGAAAUUGUUCCUAUAGUGGAAAGACCAAUACCAAAAGUAAGACCUAGAAAAAUUUAAUAAUUUGUUGAAUUAUGA